AUGCCUCAAGAUAUUGUCAGUGACAGGGAUCCAACAUUCUUGAGCGAAGUUUGGAAAGAGAUGUUCAGGGUCCAUGGGGUCGACCUCAAAUUCUCCACAGCCUACCACCCUCAAACUGACGGACAGACUGAGGUGACUAACAAGACCUUGGAAACGUACCUGCGCUGCAUGACAUCAGAGGCACCACACACAUGGAGCAAGUGGCUACCUCUGGCUGAAUGGUGGUACAACACUACCUUUCACAGCGCCAUACAGAGUACUCCUUUUGAGAUCGUAUACGGUCAGCCUCCUCCACUGCACUUACCAUACCUGCCUGGAGAAAGUUCUUCUUCCGUGAUUGAUAGAAACCUGCAGAAAAGGGAAGAGCUGAUAAACAUGCUGAAAUUCCAUUUGUUGCGAGCUCAGAACAAGAUGAAGCAAUACGCGGACUCACGCAGAUCUAUGCGCGAUUUUAAGAUUGGUGAUUUUGUCUACCUCAAAUUCCAACCCUACAGACAGAACUCUCUCAAGAACAGAAAGAGUGGGAAAGGUCGCCUACAAACUGGAGCUCUCUCAUCUGCAGCCAUCCCCAACGUGUUUCACGUGAGCCAGCUGAAAUUGUGCCCAAACCCAACAACCUCGGCUCCGGCACUACCACAGUACCUACUCGACAUUGGCAACUCCAAGGAACCAGAGUCGAUACUUGAGAAGAAAAUGGUCCAGCGACAGAACAAAGGGGUGACUAAACUCUUGGUUAAAUGGAAAGGCUAUCCGGAAGAGCAGGCUACUUGGGAGUUCUAUCAGGACUUCAUAAGUAAGUUCCCAGAUUUCCAGACUUGA